UGGUUGUUACGUCCUGAAAUUCUCAUAUUUGGUUAGUUUAUAUUAUAAAAUUCUCCCAAGUGUGUUUUAACUUAUAUCUCAGGCUAUCUGGGAAGGACCGAAAAGGAAUAGUAGUUGUUGUUCUUCCUCAUUGCAAAGCAGUGUGGACUUGUGAUGGGAGAUGAUGAGAGUGGUGGAUACACGGUGGAUGAAGCACUUUCGAGUGUGGGAUUCGGGGCAUUCCAGGGCCUGGCGCUGGUUUUCGCUGGAAUUGGUUGUUUUUCGGACGCCAUGGAAAUCACUCUGCUCUCUUUCAUAGGGCCAGCACUUGAAUCUGAGUGGUCGCUUUCUCCCACUGAGGAGAGUCUUUUGUCCACUGCUGUUUUUGGUGGAAUGCUUGUUGGGGCGUAUUUCAUGGGCUUCAUUGCUGAUGCUUAUGGAAGAAGGGUGGGAAUUCGAUGUGUAGCCAUGGUAACAUUUGCAGCCGGGCUUUUAAGUGCCUUUUCCCCGGAUUACAAAUCAUUAGUCGUCCUUCGAUUUCUCGUUGGAUUGGGGGCUGCGGGAGGGCAUGUGUUUUUGGCCUGGUUCUUGGAGUUCAUACCGACGUCUAACAGAGGGGCUUGGAUCCUCGUUCUGUCGUUUUCUUGGAUAAUUGGAGAGCUUCUGGAGGCUUCUCUUGCAUGGAUUAUCAUGCCUAGAUGGGGUUGGAGGUGGCUGCUUGCCUUAACCUCCGUCCCAUCAUUAGUGGUGCUGCUCUUGUCUAAUUCUGCGCCAGAGAGUCCAAGGUACUUAGCCAUGAGAGGUAGAACGAAUGAAGCUGACAGAGUCUUGGGAAAAAUAGCUCUGAUCAAUCAAAAAGAACUUCCCGCCGGCUGUCUUGUCUCUGAUCAUCAUCAAACAGUGCAGGCAGAUGAAGAAAAUUUUGCAUCAGACGAAACUUGUCUCCUUCCUUCAAGCAGAAGCAAGAGAAGGGGUGUCGAAAAAUGGCUUGGAUCUAUCUCUCAACUCUUCUCAUCAGAUUUACUAUGGACCACUCUUCUAUCAUGGAUAUUGUUCAUCGCCUACACAUUUGCAUACUACGGCAUCCAACUGAUGAUCUCCGCAUUGAGCAGUGAUCAAAGUGACUGCCGCUCAUUAAGCAUCCACGUCGAGAAGGGUAGCCUCUAUGUUAAUGUUUUCAUCACUUGUUUAGCAGAACUUCCAGCUCUGCUUUUGGCUACGCUUCUGGUAGAAAGGUUAGGGCGCAAGUGUUGUAUGGAAAUCCUGACUAUGCUAGCACUUGUCUUCAUCCUACCGUUGCUUUCACAUCACAAGGCAACCGUGACUACAGCUUUAUUAGUCAGCAGCCGCAUGUUCCUCUCUGCCGCGUUUACCACUUUGAGCCUCUACGCAAAAGAGGUUUAUCCAACUUGUGUGAGGGGCAGCGGGUUUGGGCUAGCGAGCGGGAUGGGGAGAAUUGGGGGAAUGAUAUGCCCUCUGGUGGGAGUGGCACUGGUGAGGGGGUGCCAUCAAACACUGGCAGUUGUUUUGUUUGGGAUUGUUAUACUUAUUUCUGGAAUUGGGGUGCUGUUUUACCCUUUGGAGACCAAGGGGAGAGGACUAAAGGACGUUGUCAGCAACACAAACCAGCCUUAACCCACCAAAAAUGCAUCAUUUAUAAGUCAAAGGAACCCUCAACUUUUCCAACGCAUCAUUGUACGCAUAAAUGCUUAUACUUGUUUACCACAAUAAUUUUUAUAUAUAAAUAAUAUG